GUUCCAUUUACUAGUAUUGACGACCAGAUACCCUUUCUCCGCCCCUGUCAUCUGCAUAAGAGACAUACGGAGAAAGACCCCGCUGUCAAAAAAUAACAUGGCCGAUUCUGUCCAGACCAAACCAAUAUCGCAACCUGCUAAGCAAAAACAAUCUCUCAAGGAGUCUAGACCACAGCAGGCCGAUACCGCCAAAUCCUCGACGGAUUCUUCAUUGACUCUUGAUACAAAAGGACCCGAGCCCGCUCCCUCUCUUACACCCCUUUCAUCCGAUUCACCAUCAGCAUCUCUCACAUCCCCAUCAACACAAAACAAACCUCCCGCCCCCUCCCGGCCACCCACCACGUUGUCCCAACGAGAAAAGUCAGCACCAGCUGGAGAGUCGUCCAAAGAUUCAAGCAGCUCGACAAAGGAACCUGCGCCAGCAACAACAGCAAAACCCGCCUCCUCGUCAUCCUCGCCCGUCGAUAAAGACCCUGGUACGGCACCGCUCAGGAGAGCUUUAUCCUUCAAGAUCCCCUUAAAAGUCAACACCGAGACAGCCAACGGCUCCUCUUCAACCUCAUCCACGCCAAACCGGUCCCGCGCCUCCUCCGCCGUCUCCGACUCCAACAACAACAAUAACAACCCGGAAAAGUCCACCGCCUCGCCACUCCACCAGCGCACCCGAUCCAAAACCGCCUCCCUCUCCUCCAUCGGUGAAGUAACCAGCCCGGUUCCUCACCAGCUUCCCCUCCCCGCCUCGCCGUCUUCACCUCCGCCCCAAGACAGCAUCAGCCCCGUGGUCACCGUCAAAGACCCGGAACCCGCAGCCGCACCAUCACCGACCUCGAGCCGCUCCCCGACCGAGCAGUUCCUAUUCGACCGAGGCCUCCUCCCCGAAGAGCCCUCUCAGCAGAUCCCAUCCCCCCUCGCACUUCAGUCCGUUCUGCAGUCGCAGCUCACCAGCUACCUAGCCACUAUGUCUUCCCAGCCGGCCAAGACCCCCAGCGUCGAGCAGGUCUCGCCCCAGCAGCAGUACCAGCAGCCCCCUCAGAACAUGCGCAUGGCCCCCAUGGCUCAGCCCGGCCUGCCAGUUGCCGCACCACUCCCCGGUCUCUCUGGCCAGGCCAACAGCGUCGUCGGCAAUUUACUCAAGGGCCCCGUCGGUCCCAACGGCCAGCUCAAAGACGCAGCACUCAUGGUCGGCAUCAAGUUGGAUCUAGAAGCCGAAGUUCAUCUAACCGCCCGAGUACGUGGUGACAUCAUCGUCGGGCUAUAUUGAUGAUUUCCGGCGCAUGAAUCGUGGUAUUCAUGACUUUUCUGUUCGAGGCCACACUCAGAAAUGAGCCGAGUACCUGAACGAAAAAAAAAGAACUAGCAACAGGAAUCUGUAUUAACCGGAUUUCUUAGUGUGUUUUUUUGUUUGUAUUUUUUUUCUUCUCUCCUUGUCCACGACAGGGAAGCAUGGGUGACAGCUCUCAUCCAAAACUGGCGUUCAAAGAUAAUGUUAACAUGGGAUGGCAAGAUGGCAUAGUUGGGACGGAGCUCCUGUGAUCCAGGCGAUUAAUCAGCUUCCUUACCAAGACUAGGCUCUUUCCUUGCAAACCUAUAACGGCCGCAUUCAUACCCUUUUUCUUUCUUAUCUUAUUCUUUACAUUUUCCCCACACAUAGACAGGAGAAAAGGCAGAAUCAGAAAUUGUUUCCACUUGGUAAAAGACAGUAUUGGGCAAACAGUGGAGAAUUUGUUGCAAAUUGAACGUGACUAAAACUAACGUUAGAAAAGCUGCAGUGUUAAG